AUGACAGCGAAGGAGAUACUCAGCACUACGCUCUUUCACCCCACCGAGAUUGUCUCACUGACGUACGCUCACCGUGAUGAUUUGACUUCCUCCACGACUCCCCAGCAGAACAUGAAAGUACUUAGUAACCCUCUCGUGUUGAAUGUGCUCCUAUGCGCACCUGCUCUGGUAGCAGCUGCUCGUACAGGACUACAGUCACGUCCAUACUCAGCGAUCACAUUGUCUGCCAUUCAAGCCCCCGGAUCGUUGCAGCCUACUACGCACCUGGACGCACGCAUGCUGUCCACGAGCAAGAAGUGGAUCAAAAAGGUCAAGAAAGCGCUCACGCCCAAGAAGAAGGCGACUGUCGCUCCUCGCCCUCGUAGCCGUUGGGGUGGCUACAUGGAUCGUUUCAAGUCAUCUCGACUCGGGCGCGAGACCAAGCUGGCGCAGAAAGUAGAGAGGGACAGACUAGCCGCAGAAGAGCAGAGGGCCGCGGCUAUGGCCCUUGCGCCGCCACCAUUUGGAAUUGGGGCGAUUCACGACUUGGUUGAGCUUUUGAACUGUAUCGCUUUCGUUGACGACUUCACCGCCCUUUCAUCAAGCAUGAGACUCCUUCACUUCUGUCUGGCAUUCAUCGCCCUCUUGUGCACACCUGCUCUGGCAGCAGGCGCACCUACGAGACCGCAAUUCCCUCCCCACUCAAUCGGCGACCUCUCUGCCAUCGGUGUUGAAAGACCUUCAGGCUCUGCCAUGGAUUUGGACGCGCGCAUGCUGACUCCAAGUAAGAAGUGGAUCAAGGCAGUCAAGAAGGCCAUCAAGCCCAAGAAGAAGAAGGGUGGUCUCCCUCGCCAGAGCGCCUGGCAGAGCUACAAGGAGCGCGUCGAUUCUUCCCGACUGGGGCGCCUAGUGAAUCCGGCGAAAGCGGCUGAGAGAGACAGAGCCGAGCAGAUCAAGAGUGAUGCGGCUAUGGAUUUCAUACGUAUGCACUCGCCCUAUGGCGCCUUCUGA